AUGGACAAUCUAAACCUGUCUAACUUCAAUCAGAACGCACUUGUGUGCUAUGAAUCCAUCAACGGAUCUUGCUGGAAGAUUUCACGACCUUUGAAUGCCCAGAUUUCCAUGUUUCUCGGCAUGGCGAUUACCAUCCUGACGACUGUGAUGGGAAAUAUAUUGGUUAUAAUUUCAAUAGCUCACUUCAAGCAGCUCCACACACCAACCAACCAUUUAAUCCUGUCUCUGGCCAUGUGUGACUUCUUGCUGGGUGUUUUCGUAAUGCCGUUAAGCUCCAUGCGAUCGGUGUACGGUUGCUGGUACCUCUCAGACUUUAUGUGUAAGAUACACACAGGAAUGGACAUCAUGUUGAGUACGGCUUCCAUUUUUCACCUCAUGUGUGUGUCAGCGGAGCGGUUUUGCGCUGUGUGCAGCCCGUUGACGUAUCGUUCACGUUUUCGUUCUGUCACCGUGCUGUUUCUGGUCUCAGCUAGCUGGUUCGUUUCUGCAGUAUUUGCCUAUGCUUUGGUUUUUGGAGAACUCAACCUCAAAGGCAAUGAAGAUUUUUAUGAGUCCCACAUGCGCUGCGUGGGAGGUUGUCAUGUUUUUUUUAGCCAUGGUUCAGCCGUGGUCACCUCCAUGGUCUCGUUUUUCAUCCCUGGCUUAAUUAUGUUCGCCAUCUAUUCCAGGAUUUAUAUCGUCGCUAGAAGCCAAGCGAGAUCCAUCAACAUUUUGGCCAAUCAGCUCAGGAUACACAGUCCGAAACCUGGAGUAUUCAGGUACCGAACAAGGAAGGGCACAUUGACUCUUGCCAUUGUGGUUGGAGUUUUCCUCAUCUGCUGGACUCCAUUUUUCCUCUGCAACAUCAUUGACCCUUUUGUUGAUUACACAAUAUCACCAGUGCUAAUUGAUGCCCUGGUCUGGUUUGGAUAUUUGAACUCCGCACUGAAUCCUUUCAUUUAUGCAUUUUUGUACCCUUGGUUCAGAAAAGCUUUAAGGAUCAUUGUCAGUGGAGAUGUUUUUCACAGGAACAGUUGCAGAUUUCAGCUGUACUCGUGAUUACAACUUGAAGACGUCUGGGAGAAAAACACAUUUUCUGUAGGUGCUUGUCCACUGAUAUGGUCCUGUUGUCUCAAAGCAUUUUAUACCUUUUCAGCACAGAAAAACUGGUUCUGUUCUUCAUUAACUUGCUGGACAGGAACACACGAAGCAGAGGUGUCAGGGCCAGAGGGUGGGGCCUUUAUGUCGGCAUGACGGCAAACAAAAACAAUAUUACGGUGGUCUGUAAAAGAAACAUAGAGCCACUGAGUAUGACUCCGUAUUGCCAAAAAGCCUUUGACCAUCUACAGACUCCGAAUGAAUAAAAGUCUGACACAUGGAGCCUUACACAUAUUUGUUUUUUCAACUUGAACCAUUUUUACACUGUAACAUUGUAGUAUGUUGAAUCUGGUUGCUUCUGUAAACAUAUGGUUAAAAUCAAGGCUCCAGACUGGAAAUGCAAAUGGUACAAAAGCGCCACAGAAACUGUAUUCAUCUUGUCGUUACUGAGAUUGCUGUUACUGGUUAGUUAUAUUCUUCUUUCUUUAUUUCUUUUUUGUUAGUCUAUUAGAUUAUUUUAUUAUUUUUGUUUUAACUCCUGAAUGUUUUUAGAUUCAGUGUAUAAUUUCCCAUGCACUUGUACUGCACUAUAAAUAAAGUUGCAUGGCUUCAGUUCAUAAAGAAAAAAACAACGUAAAUGAGCCUUAUUAUAAAUGGUUUCUCAACAUAAAAUCUCAUUAUGUAAAGUCUUCGUUAGACAAAUAACCAUGCCUACUUGCAUUCUCUACUAGC